AUGUUUCAAAAACAAGCAUUAGUCAUUGGCAAUGAUACUUACCAAAUAAAACCCAGGCGAACUUGCGUGAACGAUGCAAAUGACAUCUCGUAUGCACUACGUACAAUUGGAUUUUUAUCCCAUUGUGCAACAAAUUUGGAAUCUCAAACAAUGUUCUCACGUAUAAAUAGAUUUAUACAAUCAAUCGAACCACAUGCGAUAGUAGUAGUUUACUUUUCUGGUCUCGCUGUGCAACAUGAUGGCAAAACUUAUUUGAUGCCAAUAGAUAACAGUCAGAUUUCUCCAAAAAAUAUCGGAUCGUCGGUAUAUUGUGCGGAGGAAAUCAUUGCAAUGUUGCAUACCAAAAGUCCUAGAGCAGUUAUAUUGAUUCUCGACUGCGCGCGGCCUUAUCGAAAUCUUGUAGGUGAAACACCUUUUUUUGUUGACGGAGAUCCAAUGGAAUCAUUGCAAGGUCUUGCACCAAUACGUCCACCUCCAUCAACGAUCAUUGCUAAUUCCUGUGAGGUGGGUGCACAGUUCUUCGGUUUAGCAGAUAAUUAUCGAAAUAGUAUUUAUACUUAUCAUUUACUUCGUUAUAUAACAACACCAAGUAUUGAUAUUGACACUAUUUUUCGAUGUGUUGCUUUGGAUGUUCAAAGAAGUACUGGUGGCAGACAAAGACCCGAUCGAUACAGCAAUGUUUAUGAAACUCUUUAUCUUGUUAUCAAUCCAUAUUUGAAGAAUUUCACAUGGGCUAAUACUAUGCAGCCAACUCAAUCGUUUCGUUAG